AUGAUUGACAAUGUGGCAGACGAGAUUCAGGAAGAGGAGUCAAGUAAGGUAGACCAGUUCCGCUUAAUUUCUCUGCUCAGUGUUGAGGGAAAGAUCUUCUUCAAGAUUGUGGCCCAGCGUCUAAUAAAGUACCUUCUGGACAACCAGUAUAUUGACACAUCUGUGCAGAAGGGGGGAGUUCCUGGUGUCCCAGGAUGUCUUGAACACACGGGCGUAGUGACCCAGCUCAUCCGGGAGGCUAAGGAGAACAGAGGGGACUUGGCAGUCUUGUGGCUGGAUCUCGCGAAUGCGUAUGGUUCGAUCCCCCACAAGCUUGUGGAAACAGCACUGACCAGACACCAUGUUCCAGAGUCAAUUCAGAACCUCAUCUUAGAUUACUACAGCAACUUCUGGCUAAGAGCUGGCUCCAGUACAGCAACUUCAGCAUGGCAACGGUUAGAGAAGGGCAUCAUUACUGGAUGUACGAUUUCAGUGCCCCUCUUUGCACUAGCGAUGAACAUGAUUGUUAAAGGAGCGGAAGCAGGAUGUAGGGGUCCCGUGUCUAGGUCUGGAACCAGGCAGCCGCCGAUUCGAGCCUUCAUGGACGAUCUGACGGUGAUGACUGCAACAGUCCCGGUGUGUAGAUGGCUCCUACAGGGAUUAGAGCGUCUCAUUACAUGGGCACGGAUGAGUUUCAAGCCGGCCAAGUCAAGAUCUCUUGUCCUGAAGAAGGGGAAGGUGGCUGAAAGGUUCCGUUUCACCCUGGGAGGCACUCAGAUUCUCACAGUGUCAGAGAAACCAGUCAAGAGUCUGGGCAAGGUGUUCAGCAGCUCUCUGAAGGACACCGCUUCAGUUCAGCAGACUAGGAGUGACCUGACAACGUGGCUCGAGGGAAUUGACAAGACAGGGCUACCUGGUAGCUUCAAGGCCUGGAUGUUCCAGCAUGGAGUCUUGCCAAGGGUACUCUGGCCUCUUCUUGUGUACGAGGUGCCGAUGACCAUGGUGGAGCAACUGGAGAGAACCAUCAGCAGGUUCCUUCGCAAAUGGUUGGGGCUCCCGAGGUCCUUAAGCAACAUUGCCCUGUACGGUAGAUCCACCAAGCUGCAGCUUUCCUUGAGUGGCCUGACUGAAGAGUUCAAGGUUACCCGUGCAAGAGAAGUGUUGAUGUACCGGGACUCCUCAGACUCCAAGGUCUCUUCAGCCGGCAUCCAUGUCAGGACUGGAAGAAAAUGGAAGGCACAGGAAGCAGUGGAUCAGGCAGAGGCAAGGUUGAGACACAGUGUCCUCGUGGGGUCCGUGGCAGUAGGACGGGCAGGACUGGGCAGCUGCCCAAAGCCUCGGUACGACAAAGUCAGCGGGAAGGAGAAGCGUCAAAAGAUCCAGGAUGAGAUAAGGGCUGGGGAAGAGGAGGAUCGGCGAUGCAGGAUGGUAGGCAUGCGCAAGCAAGGUGCGUGGACUAGGUGGGAACAUGCUGACUCCCGCAAGGUCACAUGGCCAGAGUUGUGCAGAGCUGAGCCUUCUCGGAUCAAAUUUCUCAUCUCUUCAGUGUACGACGUGCUUCCAAGUCCAGCUAACUUGCAUGUCUGGGGCUUGGCAGAGACCCCCUCAUGCCAACUCUGUCAGAGGAGAGGUACCCUUGAACACAUUCUCAGUUGUUGUCCGAAAGCACUAGGGGAAGGGAGGUACCGCUGGCGGCAUGACCAGGUUCUAAGGGUGUUGGCAGACACAGUUAGCAACGCCAUCCAGAGUAGCAGGAGUCAGCAACCCCCCAAGAAGUCAAUUGUCUUUAACAGGGCCGGAGAGAAAACCCGACAACAACCCACUUCCGCAGGUGGGCUUCUCUCCACUGCUAGAGAUUGGCAGCUUCUAGUGGACCUUGGGAGACAGCUCAAGUUUCCAGAACACAUUGUAGCCACGUCACUUCGCCCUGACAUGGUACUCGUGUCAGAAUCCACCAGACAAGUGGUUCUGCUGGAGCUAACUGUUCCCUGGGAGGAGCGUAUAAGCGAAGCCAACGAGCGGAAGAGGGCGAAGUAUGCCGAACUGGUAGUACAAAGCCAGAGUAAUGGGUGGAGAGCCCGGUGUGUACCAGUGGAGGUUGGUUGCCGGGGUUUCGCAGGGCAGUCUUUGGCUUAUGUGUUAAAACUCCUUGGAGUAAGAGGUUUCCGUCUUCGGAAAUCCAUCAGGGAUAUUCUAGAGGCUGCUGAGAAAGCCUCACGUUGGUUGUGGUUCCGUAGGGGGAACCGUGGAAGCCACACGGACACAGGUCGGGGAAUGAUCAACCUCGGCUGGGUCGCCCGGGUGAGGGUGUAUGGUGAUUAAAGACCCGAAACACCCAAUGACCCCGGGUUCAUCACUGAUGAUGUGUCCCUGUUCGCACUACCAGAGUGUAU